UUAAACUUCAGACUCCCUCACUUCUCUCUCUUAUAGUCACAUCGUAGAAAUAAACCAAGCUCCUCAUUUUCUUGUACGGCAGGCUCAAUUCAGUCUUCAGCCAUGUCCAGCUCAAGUCACAAGGGGAUUCUCAAAACUGAAGCCCUCACAAAGUAUAUAUUGGAAACAAGUGCAUACCCAAGAGAGCAUGAGCAGCUGAAAGGCCUCAGGGAGGCCACGGUAGAAAAGCAUAAGUAUUGGAGCCUGAUGAAUGUCCCUGUCGAUGAGGGACUGUUCAUUUCAAUGCUUCUAAAGAUCAUGAAUGCCAAGAAGACAAUCGAACUCGGAGUGUUCACCGGUUAUUCUCUCUUGGCAACAGCUCUUGCCCUGCCUCAAGAUGGCAAGAUAAUAGCGGUUGAUCCAGAUAAAGAAGCGUACCAAACUGGAGUGCCAUUUAUCAAGAAGGCAGGUGUGGAGCAUAAGAUCAACUUCAUUCAAUCAGAUGCAAUGACAGUUCUAAACGAUCUCAUUGCCGAUGGGAAAGAAGAAGGGACAUUGGACUUUGCGAUGGUGGAUGCUGAUAAGGAGAACUACCUCAACUACCAUGAGCUGCUGCUGAAGUUGGUUAGAGUUGGAGGCAUAAUCGCUUACGAUAACACUCUAUGGUUUGGUUCAGUAGCGCGAUCUGAAGAAGAAGAAAUGAUGGAUUUUGAGAGAGCAGGCAGAGUCCAUUUCAUGAAGUUGAACAAAUUCUUGGCAUCAGAUCCCAGGGUUGAACUCUCUCACCUUUCUAUUGGAGAUGGCGUCGCGCUCUGCAGGCGCCUCUAUUAGCCUAAAUCCCACUACAAGAAAAAAGAGAUACGGUGACAUUUAUAACGAGUCACUAUAAACAUAGGGUGUCGCUACAACAUAGCGUCACCUUAUCCACUGAGGUUUAGGGUUUGCUUAUGGUGUUGAUUUUUCAAGGAAGUCUUUUGACGGAUUUGUAUUUGUAUUUGAACUCAUGUCCAGACUCUGUUUUGGGAAUGAAUUUCUGCUUCAAGUUUCAA